GACUUCAAUCUGUCUCAGAUUUGCAUAUUUCGAAACUAGUACAGAUUAGUCCUUACAAGUAGAUGUAAGUCAAGAGUGCAACGAGUCUAGUAAACAAUGAUGUUAGUCAUCGGUCGAAUGUACGAGAGGCGAAGCUAUGCAAUACACAGAUUACAUUCCCGCUAUGUCAAAUCGUCACAGAACGAAGCUACUGAUCGAGCCGAAAGUGUUUCUAUCAUUUAUCUGCUUGCUUGAGUGGAUACGUUUACGUAAAGAAAACAAAGACUGCGAAUGGUGUGCUAUUGAUUGACUUGACCAGUUACCGCUCUACUCAUAGUGAACGGUCCAUUCGGAAGCAGACGACAUUAGGCAGCCUUUCAAAUCGAGCGCUCCUCAAAUGACAAUAAGAUGUUGUCGACAACAACAGCGGUGUGCUUCUUGUGCAGUAACCAGCGCCAACUGCUCGUUGUUGCAAUCUUUCGAACUAAUCAUGCGUAUGGGGCUGCCGGUGGGCAACGAUGAUACCGCCAUUGCCACCAAUACGAGAGUCUUGAUCAGCUUUCAGCAGUAAGGAACAACAACAAUUGUUUGCUUAUAGGCAGCUUCAAAAGUAGCACCUCAUCGGAGACGUAGAACAAACAACUGAGGAGAUCGACGCUGUGUAACAGUAAACGUUGAAUGCGGACAUCAAAAGUUCAACCUUCCUUUCAAGCAAGCAACCUAAGGUUAGGCACCAGACUGUAAAAAAUCUCAUCUCUUAUUGUAUUCGUCGACAGGCAACUGCGGUGCGGGUGAGGAUUACAGGUCGAGAGAAACGAGUCAGUAGGACCAUAAGGCCCGUGAGACAAACAAAGUUCCAACGGCAGCUGCAGCAGUGUAGACAGUGAGCGAGAUCAACAAAACAGCGCGUAAAUGAUGGCUGGAGCGUUCGCAUCUAUGGGGGGGGGACAGCACUACACUGUUUGCCUCUUGAACUCUCUUCGUGUUGUCAGAAUUUAACUUUAACUUAUGCUGUAGCGGCUUUUAGAAUAUAUUGAAAGUGCGAACCGUUAGAAGGAAGUAAAGGGGCGCAAAAAAGAUCUAGCUUCAAAGUACAUAUACAAAAGACGCCAAAUCAUCUUUGUGUGAUACCCAAACCGGUCGCAUCACAGUGUAGAGCUUGCAAGAUCGAGGUCUUGCUUGUGUUCUGCUCAUUAUCCGCAUUACUAAUUGGUUAAGUGUGAAAUCAAACGACAUAAUGUUGGCCUUUCAAGAAGACUCUGAAGUUAAUACCCGCAAUAGCCAAGAUUCAGCCCCGGUCCAAGUUGAGUCAGACAAUGAGCUCAACGUUGAUAUCUCAGAUGCCCUCUCCGAGAGAGACAAGGUAAAAUUUACUGUCCACACAAGAACUACUCUGGAAGAGAUGGGCGGCGCGGGUUCCGAAUAUUCUGUUGUCCGGGAACACGAGGAAUUUUUGUGGCUGCAUACAGCUAUUGAGGAACACCCUGCCUAUGCAGGAUACAUUAUUCCCCCGCCACCCCCGCGGCCAGAUUUUGAUGCAUCUCGGGAAAAGCUGCAAAAGCUAGGUGAAGGCGAGGGGACCAUGACCAAGGACGAAUUCGCAAAAAUGAAAGCUGAACUUGAAGCCGAAUAUCUGGCUACGUUUAAAAAGACUGUUGCCAUGCACGAAAUGUUUCUGCAGAGACUCGCAUCGCACAUGAUUUUUAAAAAUGACGCCAAUUUUCGAGUCUUUCUCACCUACAAAGAUGAUCUCAGUGUUCGAGGUCGCAACAAGAAGGAGAUAUUCCACAAAUUUUUCAGUAAGUUAAACCAGAGUGCCGACGAAUUUAUGUCUCCGUCGUCAGAACGCAAUGACGUAUUCGAUCCCCAGAAGCAUUUCCUCGUAUCGUAUCAAUCACAUGUUGAAAAUGCCUUCCACAAAGCUGACAAGAUGACACAGGCACAUAAACGUUUAGCAGACAAUUAUAUCCGUAUAUCUACGCACUUCCUCGAGCUUUCAAAAAUGGAAGCUCCGUUACGCAAAUUCGUUCCUCGUUUUGCUGAUGGAUUGGAGCGGGCACGCCGCUGCGAAGGACGAGCCUGUUCCGAUAUCGACCUAAAGCUUACGGAUAUCCUAAAGUAUUAUUUUAAUGAAACGCGAGCUGCGAGAGACCUUAUGCAGCGUCGUGUCCGAUGCCUUGCUGACUAUGAGACUGCUAAUAAAAUGGUCGAAAAGGCGCGUUUCAGGGAUCGCGAGGUCCGUGCUGCUGAAGAGGCACAACGUGAGGCUUGUACGCGAUAUAAGGAUAUUUCUGGUACCAUGGAGCGAGAACUUGCAGAUUUCCGCAUACGCCGUAUUGCCAAUUUCCGCAAAAGCCUUAUUGAGUUAGCGGAACUACAGCUGAAACACAACAAGAGUGCUGCUCAGGUAUUACGCAACUGUUUAUUAGCCCUCAAAUCGGAAAUGAUUCAAGAAGAGCUCUGAUUUGUAACAGAAGCCAUCAACAAAUCGAUCCAUCCGUUCGUGGUCCACGCACUAUGGAUAUGUUUUGACAUUGACAUUGCCAUAUUCGAAGGCAUCCCUGCUGUUUCCUGCCUGCGAAGAACGCAAAGACUUCGAUGUAAUCGAUUUCAUCUUUUUGUGUCUUCGCUCAUAUUGCUAUAAUGAAUACAGAGUUCACUCAAUGGGUUCAGGUCAUGAUGAAGCCAAGCUUGGUUGCGUGGGUGCUAGCCAUCUCUUCUCUGAUCCCAAUUCCUUUUCAGCGAACACACGAAGGCCAGGAAUGCCUCUGAUUGCUUGCUAGGCAUUUCAUGAAGCAAGUAAAGCUGUACAGUAAUCAGACGUGAAGAGGAAACUUAGAACUUGACUACAAAAAACAAAUACGAGUCUUCGUAUAUGCACCUUGAUAUGUACUGUAGUUAGAAUUUUCAACGAGGAUUUGUUGUCUUUCGAUGCAAAAAGUAGCGGCUGGAAUUUGCUUUACAAAUAUUUUCUCAGUGAUCAUCUUUGUAUAACAAAACAAGGCAGGCAAGAAACAAAUCAACAUUAACAGUUAUCAAUAAUUUCUGAUAUUAUUACUAUUGAACUAUCAUAAAGCUUUAUGUUUAUUUCUCAAGAGAAAUGAAUAACAUCACUAUUAAGCCUUGUAUUAUCUUAGAAUCAUAGCUAUUGAAUGAUUAAAUCGUAUCAACUUUACGUGAACUUGGCAUGCAUGCCGCUAUAGUCGAAUGAUAAAAGAUCACCACUGCUGGAUACCAGAGGCUGCCGCCAUGAUCCUAUAUUCCCUUUAAUUAGUCGUAUCUCUAGGAGCCAUUUUAGCACCAAUCUAAAUUUACUCUUCUUGGUAUUUCUGCUCAUGCUUGCUAAAUGAGUUAAUCUUUUUUUUAUUCAGAUACAAGUCAGUUGUUGUCGUAAAUAUUCUCAAACACAUUACAGAAGCUUAUAUUUUCAGACAUCUCAUCGGCAGCGUUAUUAAGGUAUAUUACUUCAAGGGUUGCAUAUCAAAAGUGAGCUUGCUGAGGCAUCCAAGUAGCAACGUAUAAAUCACUUGAACUAUUAGUACGAUUUUUCUACUUUGCAGACAUAAGGAUAACUCAGUUGGAGAGAUUGCUUCCUUUUAUAUGCAUACACAUUUAUAUCCUCAGAGAGAGACUGUCUGGAAGUUGAGUGUGAUUCACAAAGAUGAUUACAUUGUAUAGAAGCAAGUUAUAUUUCCUCCUUGUCAAGCUCUCGAAUGGAUUAGUGAAAAGCGUGAUAAUUAAGGAAUAUAUGCAGACCCUAAUCUCACCCGUGGACCGAUCUAAACCUGAAGACAGUGGCUUUCUUACAAGCUUAAACAAAUAUUUCGUCCUACUUUUUUUUUUUUUUUUUUAGUAAUUCGUUAUCUUCCAAGAACCGAGAACCUAUAGUGUAAGUUUUUGUCGCAAACCCUCAAAACCUUGCGAUAUAUUUUGUAAAUAUAUUGUUCGAUACCACGUGUCCUACUGCUGUCCAUAUUUAGUCUUGUGCAUUCAGCAAAACUGAGCCUAACACUAAUGUAAAGUGGUCAAGUAGCAGGCUAAUAAAUUCGAAUUCCGUUUCAACUUUAUUCAAGCUACAGAAGCUCUAUUCGCUGAGUCGACGAUUUUGAAUACUUGACGGGAAAACGAGUGUUCUAGACAAAUGUGUAUCUGUUGCUUGGCGAAGAGCUAACGAAGUACGCAUUAAUAAUACCUGCACCUAAUUGCAAACCUCAACGAAGAUGAAACGAUAACGACGAAUACUACAGGAAUAUUUACGGCUUGACCGAUAUAUUUAUACAAUACGGCUAGACUAACUACCUUGUAGAUAAGUUACUUCCAACUUAUCUACAAGGUAGUUACGCCUUCAUAAUAUUAUGACUAUUAUAAAUUCAGUAAAAGUGACAAGCUAAGAGAAACAAAAUUUUAAAUGAUAAAAGCCUCAUAUAUAUAUAUAUAUAUAUAUAUAUAUAUAUGGUUCAAUAUUACGUAAUGACAAUAUGCGUGUUAUAAGAAUA